AAAAAAAAUAAAAAGAGUACAACAAUACCCAUCAUCACUUUUAAAGGGAUAGUAUUUGAAGCAAUAGAAUGUUGGAUAUUAACGCAUUUCUCGUAGAAAAGGGUGGAUACCCAGACAAGAUUAAGGUCUCCCAAAAGAAGAGAGGUGACUCUGUUGAAUUGGUUGAUGAAAUUAUUGAAGAUUACAAGUCAUGGACCAAAAUUAGAUUUGAAUUGGAUGCUUUGAACAAGUCUCAAAACGCCAUUCAAAAGGAAAUCGGACAAAAGUUCAAGUUGAAGGAAGAUGCCACCGAAUUAUUGGCCAAGAAGGACGAACUUGCCAACGAAAAGAAGGUUUUGGUUGAAAGAGAACAAGCCGCAGACAAGGGAUUACGUUUCAAGGUCAACCAAGUUGGUAACCUUGUCCACGAAUCCGUUGUUGACUCUCAAAGUGAAGACAACAACGAACUUGUCAGAACCUGGAAGCCAGACACCUACGAAAAGGUUGAACAAGUUGCUGCUGCCACCAACAAGCCAGCUGCUCUUUCUCAUCACGAAAUCUUGUUGAGAUUGGAUGGUUACGACCCAGAAAGAGGUGUUAGAAUCGUUGGUCACCGUGGUUACUUCUUGAGAAACUAUGGUGUUUUCUUGAACCAAGCUUUGAUCAACUAUGGUUUGAGUUUCUUGGCCAAGAACGGUUACACUCCAUUACAAGCCCCAGUCAUGAUGAACAAGGAUGUUAUGGCCAAGACCGCUCAAUUAUCUCAAUUCGACGAAGAAUUGUACAAGGUUAUUGAUGGUGAAGAUGAAAAAUACUUGAUUGCCACCUCUGAACAACCAAUUUCCGCUUAUCAUGCUGGUGAAUGGUUUGAAUCUCCUCAAGAACAAUUGCCAGUCAGAUACGCUGGUUACUCUUCUUGUUUCCGUAGAGAAGCCGGUUCCCACGGUAAGGAUGCUUGGGGUAUUUUCAGAGUUCAUGCCUUUGAAAAGAUUGAACAAUUUGUUUUGACUGAACCAGAAAAGUCUUGGGAAGAAUUUGAUAGAAUGAUUGGUUUAUCUGAAGAAUUCUACAAGUCCUUGGGAUUGCCAUACAGAGUUGUUGGAAUUGUUUCUGGUGAAUUGAACAAUGCCGCUGCCAAGAAGUACGAUUUGGAAGCUUGGUUCCCAUACCAAAAGGAAUACAAGGAAUUGGUUUCUUGUUCUAACUGUACCGAUUACCAAUCCAGAAACUUGGAAAUCAGAUGUGGUAUUAAGCAACAAAACCAACAACAAAAGAACUACGUUCAUUGUUUGAACUCUACUUUGUCUGCUACUCAAAGAGCCUUGUGUUGUAUUUUGGAAAACUACCAAACUGAAGACGGUUUGGUUAUUCCAGAAGUUUUGAGAAAGUACAUUCCAGGUGAACCAGAAUUCAUUCCAUUUGUCAAGGAAUUACCAAAGAACUCCACUUCCAACAAGAAAAACAAGAAAUAGAUGACAUAAUAUAGUGAAUAGUAU